AUGAGUCGAAACAGUGUGAGUGGCCCCGCCAUGACGUACCAGGUGUACGUCCUAGCAAUAAUAGGCAAAGGAGAUAUACCCUUAUACGAAGCAGACCUAUCCAUGAAUGGAAAGAAGGACAUUUCAGAACAUCUGGCACAGUUUAUAAUUCACCAGUCGUUGGAUUCUCUAGACGUCCUGGUAUGGAAGAGCACAAGUCUUUUUUUAAAAACAGUAGAUUCGUUUAACAGCUAUUCCGUGUCAGCAUACUGUACCACAGGACACAUAAAGUUUCUACUCCUUCACAAGAACAAAAAUGAGAUAAGCAGUGGGGGUAGUAGUACAGGUGGACCCGCCAUCUACGUCCCCUCAGAUGAAAACAUUCGAUCCUUCUUCGAGGUCGUUCACGAAAAUUACAUUAAGGUGUUAUUGAACCCAUUGUAUGAGCCCAACGGAAUAAUUACCAGUUCUCUGUUUGACCAGAAUGUACGCUUGGCGGCGAAGCGCUUCCUAUACGGUUGA